CGCGGGCCCAGCCCUGCAUUUCCGGACCGGCCCUCCCGGACGGCCCCAGCUGCCGGCAGGACUGAAAACUGGGUAUUUGGUCCCCAUGGACUUUCUGGUCACCCUGUGAGGUGGACUUGCUUUUUCUUGAGUGUUGUGGAAGGACUCUGAAGUCAGAAGUUUUUAAGACUCUCAGGCUUACUGUGGAUCUGGAUUCUAAGGCAACACUUCCUUGAAGAAACAAGCUUACAGCUCUGCCCGGAUGGCCCUCGUCUUCUUGUACGGCACCCUAAAGCGGGGUCAGCCCAACCACAGGGUCCUGCGGAACGGUGCCCACGGCUCCGCAGCCUUUCGGGCGCGCGGCCGCACGCUGGAGCCCUACCCGCUGGUGAUCGCGGGGGAGCACAACAUCCCGUGGCUGCUGCACCUGCCCGGCUCGGGGCGCCGCGUGGAGGGCGAGGUCUACGCAGUAGACGAGCGGAUGCUGCGCUUCCUGGACGACUUCGAGAGUUGCCCGGCCCUGUACCAGCGCACGGUGCUGCGGGUACAGCUGCUGGAGGACCGGACCCCGGGCGCAGAGGAGCUGCCGGAGCCCACCGCAGUGCAGUGCUUCGUGUACAGCAGGGCCACCUUCCCGCCGGAGUGGGCCCAGCUCCCGCACCAUGACAGCUACGACUCCGAGGGGCCGCACGGGCUGCGCUACAACCCCCGGGAGAACAGAUAAGGGGGAUGGGCAGGGUGGGCCUAGGUUUGAGAGCCCUGGGGCUCCAAGAUGCCCCCAGCCCAUGCUGGGUGAAGGCGGAAGCAGAACAGGGCCCUUUCCAACGAAUCUGCGGGAAAAGGAACCAAUCUUUCAGUGGCAGCUGAUUUUACAAAUAAUGUUGAGAUACGAAUAGUAAGGUGCUUCCCUCCCAUCUUUCCACCUGGUAAGAAAAAUUUAGGAUUUUAAUUCCCCUAAAUGACAUUCAGAGAACUCGUGUUAUGCCUAAUUCUUCUUCUGCUCCUCUUCCUCCUCGUGUUGUUUUUGUUGUUGGCUCUGCUUUGAGCUCAAGAUAAUAUUUAGAAUCAGUGUAAAGACUUGGUGUUGCCGCUAGAUUUUAGCAGCCCUACUAUACUGAUUCUGGCCUGUAGCCCCUGAGAAAGCCGAUUUUACACGGCUGGGUAGAAUUUGUAAAAAAGAUCCACAGGGCAAGCAUGCUGUAUAUCAGAGUGCGUAUAGCACCAUUAUUCAUAAUUUUCAGAUCAGGCUUCACAACAAAUAUUAAAGAUUAUUUAAAUUUGAAGUCGAUGUUUUGGGAAAUCAGAUAUAAAAGUUGGUACUGUGUUUGACCCCCACGUUUUUUGGUAUACUUAUUUGGUAGAAGGCUCUUUACAUUCUGAUCUAGCAAAAUAAUGAACAGCCACUUAAUGGGAGACACAGCUGAGCGCCUGGACUUCAAGUGGAAGUUUAUCUGAGCCCAGAUCUCAGUAGCCAGACCCCGUCCCUGUCCCCUGAAGGGAGAGCAUUUGGGAGUGGUCCUUUCAAAGAAGAGCCAACGCAUUAGUAAUUUGUUCUUCAGGCCUGACAGAAGCUUAGCUUCCAAACACAAACAGCACUUAAAAUAAUUUUAGCAAGGCAGGAAGUACCAAUUACUACCCACCUCCAUCUGAUAAUUGUCAGCAUCGAUUCAACUCGGUGCACGGCUCUUUGCCUCUGCUUCCCAGCAAAGUCUGAAAUGUAUUCCAAGAAUUUCAGAACCAAAUGAAAAUGCAGCUGCUGUGAUCCUUAGUAACCUCGUUCUCUGUUGGGAGAGCUCACUUACUCUUCAACUUAAUGGCAGACUGUGAUCGCUAACUGCAUCUGGCACAAAAACAUGAUCAUUAUUUUUUAGCUUCUUUUGCUUAAUUGGAAACUUGCUUCACAAAAAAACACAAAAAGGCUAGGAUGGGUCUCAGCUGAUGAGCUCGUGGCGGCCCUGUGCUUGAUGGGGUGGGUGAGGUAGCCCAAGCUCCUUGUGACUGCCCUGGCUUCUGCAAUGGGGAAGGGACCAGGCAGCGCGUUCAUCCUCAAAACAGUGGAGACAGCACCCCCGGCCAACCAGGAAGCUUCAAGGUGACCUCCAGGGGGGUCAGCCACCAACACUACACCCACAUAGAGACACAGCAGGAAAGGGAUUGCCAAACUCUGCACUUGCAGUCUCUGGUCCUUAGGAAGUUAUGAAAAUCAGCACCAGGAGUGAGGGCCUCACUUCCAGAAGUAGAAAGCCAAUCAGAUGAAAAAAUGGCAAGUGCUAAUUUAAUAAAGCAAGGCAGAGAACUGACAUUUAUAUCAAUCUCUUAAAAGGAUCACAAAGAAAUGCUGGUAGUCUACUGGCAGAGCCUGUCGCCUGUGUGUACAUUGUCUUCAUUCAAAGAAAGGGCAAACUAAUAUUUAGACAAAUGCUCAGUUUUAUUGAUUUAAUUUUGACACUAGGAAAUCUCACAGCAGAAGUACAAAUCAUAUGUACAAGUAUUUAUAUCAGUGAAAAUUUCCAUUGGUGAUUUUUUGGCAGAAUACUGGUCUUGACUCUGUGGAAUAAAUGACGACGCAAACGUA